AUGUGCAGUGACCACCAGGAACCCAGAGGAUUUCAUGAAGUCAUUGCAUGGGUGCCAGUAUUUUUCGAGGAUCGAUUUGGCGGACGCAUACCUACAGAUUUCAGUCGAUGUCGAAUCUCGCUACUUGACAACAAUCAACACGCCGUGGGGAUGUACCAGUACAAUUUUCUCCCAUUCGGAUUGCAUGUGUCGUCUGGCCUCUUUCAAUCGGCAAUAGACAGUGUAAUCAAAGGACUCGACGGUGUGCUUGCAUAUCAAGAUGACGCCCUCAUUUUCGGCCUUAAUACGAAAGAACACGAUACCCGUCUUACGCAGCUACUGGAACGAUUCGCCGCCAGGAACGUGGCUAUCAAGCCGUUCAAAUGUGUGUUUGAAGUGAGUGAGUUGGAGUUUCUAGGAUUCACAGUUGAUUCUCGUGGAUAUCGUCUCGAUCCGACACGUUUCAAACCAUUGACUAACACCGAAUCUCCAAAGGAUCAAACGCAUUUGAGAUCCGUGAUGGGAUGCCUACAGCACUAUUCCCGAUUUAUCCCGAACUUUGCUACAAGGGCGCAGCCGCUUUUCCGUGCUCAGUGUUCAGACGCUUGGGAAUGGUCGGUGGAGUGUGAAGAUAUUUUACGUGGUUUAAUUCGCUGCGUUAGUGAUCGUCCUGUUUUGGCUCCGUUUUCACCUUCAAAACCUACUAAACUCAUUACCGAUGCGUCCGAUGUCGGAAUCUGUGCUGUAUUAGAACAAGAAGGAUGCCCAGUGAUCUGCAUUUUACGUCUACUCAAUGCGGCAGAAUAG